AAUAUGAAUAUUUGUAUAUGCAGGAGCAAGGACACAUAGAUUACAGAAUAGAAAGAGAUACAUUUGGAGAAUUAAAAGUCCCAAAGGAUAAGUAUUAUGGCGCACAAACUGUUCGAUCAUUAAAGAAUUUUCCAAUUGGUGAUACAUUUGAACGUAUGCCUUAUGGGGUAAUAGUUGCUCUGGGUAUAUUAAAAAAAGCUGCUGCGGAAGUGAAUAAAGAUUAUGGUUUGGAUCCUAAAGUUGCUGAUGCUAUUAGUAGAGCUGCAGAUGAUGUAAUAAGUGGAAAAUUAUAUGAUGAUCAUUUUCCUUUAAUGAUUUGGCAAACUGGAUCUGGCACACAAACCCACAUGAAUGUCAAUGAGGUUAUUGCCAAUCGUGCAAUCGAAAUACUUGGUGGAGAACUUGGUUCAAAAAAACCUGUGCAUCCAAAUGAUCAUGUUAAUAUGUCACAAAGUAGCAAUGAUACAUUUCCAUCAGCUAUGCACGUAGCUGUUGCUUUAGAAAUUCAUAAAGUGUUAAUCCCAGGCUUAGAAAAAUUGCACAAAGCAUUAAAUGAAAAGGUGGAAGAAUGGAAAGAUAUUAUAAAAAUUGGUAGAACGCAUGCCCAAGAUGCAGUUCCAUUAACAUUGGGUCAAGAAUUUUCAGGAUAUACCACACAAGUUAAAUAUGGUAUUGAAAGAGUAAAGGCUACACUUCCAAAAUUAUAUCAAUUAGCUCUUGGUGGCACAGCCGUCGGAACCGGAUUAAAUGCGCGAAAGGGCGCUGUAGAAAAGAUAGUUGCAAAAGUUGCGCAACUCACUGGUUUACCAUUUGUCCCUGCUCCAAAUAAAUUUGAAGCUCUGGCUGCACAUGAUGCGAUUGUUGAAGUACAUGGUGCUUUUAAUACAGUGGCUGUUUCCCUUAUGAAGAUUGCAAAUGAUAUUAGAUUUCUUGGAAGUGGGCCUAGAUGCGGUUUAGGGGAAUUAUCUCUUCCAGAAAACGAACCUGGAAGUUCUAUUAUGCCUGGAAAAGUAAACCCUACACAAUGUGAAUCAAUGACUAUGGUAUGCAGUCAAGUAAUGGGUAAUCAUGUGGCAAUAAGUAUCAGUGGCAGUAAUGGCCAUUUUGAACUUAAUGUUUUUAAACCGAUCAUGGUUGCCAACGCUCUGAGAUCUGCAAGGUUGUUAGGUGAUGCCAGCUCAUCGUUUGCAAAGAAUUGUGUUGUGGGCAUUAUUCCCAAUAUUGAGAAAAUACAGAAGAAUGUGAAUGAAAGUUUGAUGCUUGUCACAGCAUUGAAUCCAUAUAUUGGUUAUGAUAAGGCUGCUGCAAUUGCUAAGCAUGCGCACAAAGAAAAACUCACAUUAAAAGAAUCUGCAUUGAAACAUGGAAUAACGGCGGAACAGUUU